AAAAUAUGAAGUAUAGAAGUACCACAGCACGAAGAUCUGUGCUAAUGGCGCUUUGAAGAUACGGUAUACAUAACUUAGCUAUAUAGAUAUACCGAUUUCCAAACAAACAUUCCUUUACCAAGUAUAAGCCUUCUACCGUUUCAAAUGGUAACGCUGCCUUCAGACAAUGAAGAGGAAGGAGGAGUCAGGAGCUUCUUGUGGGACUUUGAGAUCGUCGCCGAGUCUGUGUGCGUCAAGGAUAUGGCAGCGAAGACAGUCGUGCUGGGGACGAUGCUGUGAGGUCGAACAAAGGUGGCCUACGACAGAGUGGAGCGGUCAGGUAGGACGGAGACCUGGAAGCUGGUGACUAAAUGAUUAUUGGCAGCCCAACGGACAGGCAGCUGGCAAUGCAGGAGUUCCAUGUCGCGAAGCUGGAACCGGCCGGAGACCCGCUAGUGUUGGUAUUGAAGUUGACAAUUUACUAUGUCGUGUACUCUCCACAUUGGAUGGAGGGUCGGAGUCGCAGUUAUUGGCGUCCCGGUUCAUCAAGUGUCCCAGAACACAUUUCUCGCCAACUACAACUGGUUAACGCUGCACAAUACAUGGAAAUCGGUGGGCUAGAGAAGGUGACCAGGAAGUUGCUGAGCACAACGCUAGAAGCAACAGAGAAACCAAAAUUGAAUGAAGAGGAACAGAAAGUGGAAGAUUUGCAACGUGAAGCAGCAGCACUACGAAUGAGUGCCCGGAAAGACUUGUGUUUUGAAUGUGGCAAAACAGGGCCCUGGAGGAUGCGAUGCCCAGAAAGAAGGAGAAGAAAAGAUUUCAUACAGUAUAAUGCGUGUUCUUUCUCUUCUGUCAGACUACAAGUAGUGGGGGCUAGUUAGAGGGGGGCAAUGUAUUCUAAAUUCCAACUAAUUAGCCGAGAAGUCGUAUUUCUGAUAGAUAUAGCUAUGUCAUAGCGUCAGACCAGGAUCAUCAACAGUUCAGACGACAGGUGGACAGGCGCCACGCAUCGCCAUCACGUUCAACUGUAGGGUUUUUAUAAGCGGUGGCGAAGUUAUUUUCCCGUUCAUUUUUGUAUCCAGGUUAAGGCGACCAAUAGUUGGCGCCGAUUUUCUGCGAGAUAUUGGUGUGGUAAUUAACACGAAAGAGAGGGUAGUGAUAAUGAAGUACAGACCUAUCGGUAUUUAUGAGACAAGCGAGAGAGCAGGCAUUACGGCGUCGAAAACACAGAAUAUGACUGCGUUAGUUAAAGGAUCUGU